AUGAAAAGUCAAACAGGAAGUAGUGUUGGUGGUCAUUGUGUUCCUGUAAAGAAGACUAAAGUUACCGUUUCGAAAUCCCCGUGUAUGCCGCCUCCUAAAGCUGCCGUUUCGAAGGCUGGAAAGAAGAGUAAAGUUGUAAAAUCAGCAGAGCCGAAAGAAGUAGAAACUGUAGCCAGUGAGUCAAGUGAUUCUGGUGAUUCUGAUCAUAUAGAAGCGGCAACAACAGAUGUGGUUCCGUCACCUACACGUAAACGCAAAAGAACCUCAAAGUAUUGGGCUGAAUUUCAAGAGGUAUUGAUAAAAGGGAAAACACACGGAGAAUGCAAGCACUGCAAGAGGAAUAUUGGUGCGGAGAGCAAAAAUGGGACAAGCAGUUUGAGGAAACAUCUAAAUAGUUGUAUGGCGUACAAAGGAGCACAACAGCAAAUUAACCAAAUGUUCUUGAAAGCUAGUGAAACACAAGAUGGGUCAGUAGCUGCUUACAACUUUAAGUUUAACCAAGAAGUAACUCGUGAUUGUAUUGCAAGAAUGAUUAUCUUGCAUGAAAUCCCUUUCUCAUUUGUAGAGUACAUUGGUUUUAGAAGGGUGAUGACUUCAUUACAACCCAAUAUUAAACUUGUGAAGCGGAAUACUACGAAGUCAGACUGCAUAAAGAUUUAUCAAAUGGAAAAGAAGCAUUUGUACGAGAUUUUUAGUAAGGUACAGAGUCGCAUAAGCCUUACUACUGAUAUGUGGACUUGUACCACUCAGAAUAGAGGUUAUAUGGCUUUGACAUCUCACUAUGUUGAUGAAGAAUGGAAGAUUCAUAAGAGAAUUUUAUCUUUUAAAGUUGUGGAUGGGCAACAUACUGGAGUUAACAUUGAAAAGGUACUGAUGGAACAGUUGUACAAGUGGAAUAUAGAUAGGAAGAUAGCUUCAAUUACGCUGGAUAAUGCUUCAACUAACAAAGUCGUGGUAAGUGAACUUCUUGCUCAGCUAAAACCAGAUAAUGGAUUACUUUUGGAUGGGAAAUUAUUCCAUGUUCGAUGUUCUGCUCAUGUAGUUGCCAUUAUUGUUGAUCAUGGGAUGCUGCAAAUUAAAGAAGAAAUACAGAAUUUUAGAAAUUCAGUGAAAUUUAUUAGAGGUUCACCACAAAGACAACAAAAAUUUAAAGAAGUUUGA